AAUGAUUUUGAAUAGUCAAAAACGAUUAGAUUUCUUAAAUACAUCCAAAGACAAUUUACGCGUGCGCGACAUAAUAUAAAUACAUGUAUAUAUAUAUAUAUAUAAUCUGCGGCUACAUGAUAUUGAGACAGAAGUCAAAGCAAGUUCGCCACGAUUUUCUCACAGUAUAGCCUAAAAUGGAGCAGAAAGUUGAGAAAACUCUUAUUAGUUCUGCUAUAUCGAAUGCGAUUUUCCAGUUCGCCCUGACAAGUCUGCAUAAAUAUGCGACAAUCAAGUCACAGGAAGAUUUUGUUUUUAGUCCGUACAGCAUAUAUCAGGAACUUUUCUCGGCUUACCUUAUCUCCAGUGGUGAUAUUGAACAGCGUUUAAAGAACAUUCUUUAUUUACCGAAUGUCUCGAAGUAUGAGUUGAUGAGAAUCAUUAAAUUUGAUAAAUACUCUGCAAUACAUCAUAAAUACUCUACAAAACAGCCCGCACAGGAUGAGGAAACUGCCUCUAAUCAGCCCCAACUGUACGCGAUUGACAAUAAAUGUAUUUUUUUAAACACAACACUUCGUAAAAACAUCGAAAUAAUAAAAAAACUGUACAAUCGUGGAUUCACAUCUAAUGAGAGCAAUGAUAUCCAAGAUAUAAAUAGAAAAAUCAAUCAAAUUUUAAACAAACUGACAAAGGAUUACAAUCAUAAACCGUUGAAAUUAGAAAUAAAAAGAGAAAGUGUGGACAUUAUUUUGAUGAACGUACAUAAUUUCCACGGUCAAUAUCGAUUAAACCCACAACCGACAAGUAAUGAGAUUAGUCUCGAUUUCGCCCGAUUACUAUCGAAUACGUCUUCUGAUCUAAGUUUUAAAACGUUUUCCAGUGAUGAAUUACAAAUAAACGUAAAAGAGUUAAUCAUCAAAGAACAUUUCGCGUCGCUGUAUAUAUUGACACCUUUUUCAUCAAUCACAAACGAGAGGGUUAAAACUGAUACGAGCAGCACUAGCCUUUCCAGCUUGAUUGAAAGAUUGUCAACCAGCGAAGGAAUGCGUAUACUUCGGAAAUUGCUGUUUUGUGUAGAAACACGUGGAUCACUAUCUUCCGCUACUUGGCCGACCUUUAAAAUUGAAAAAAAUUUAGAUAUGCAAGUUCUGUUGCGAGAACUUGGCGUCGAACAGUUAUUGACGCCUGACGCGAUUCCUUUGGACAACACCUUCGUGGAAGACGAUCAAUUCGUGCACUUCGGCAAUGCCGUGCACCGUGCUCGUGUCAAGGUCACGCAGGAAGGCGUCGAGGCGAUUGCAGUAACCGUGAUUAGCGGACAGGAACCAUGUUCGAACGAUAUUAUAACCAGCGUGGAUACCGAUUAUCCAUUUCUUUGGUUUAUUUACGACAAAAUGAACGAAGAUAUUCUUUAUAUCGGCGUUUUUAAUAAAGUCAAUAAGCACGUUUCUCAAACGAAAUUGACAGAGAAGCCAGUUUCGAAGCUUUCAAAAGUACAUAAUUUUAAAGAUCGAAAUCAAAUCGUCUCUCAGUCAACAAGUGGAUUGACUGAUGCACCAAGUCUGACUCCUUCUUAUGAUCUGAAAUUUGAUAUAUAUUCUGUAAUAUCAGAGGCGAUGUUCAAGUUCGCGGUGACAAGUCUGCAUAAAUAUGCGUCGAUCAAGCCAAAGGAAGAUUUUGUUUUUGGUCCAUAUAAUAUAUACCACGGACUUUACUCUGCUUAUAUGAUUUCAAGUGGCGAAAUGGAACAGCGUUUAAGAGAUAUUCUUUAUUUACCAAAUGUUUCGAAGUAUGAGUUGCUGAAAAUUAUUAAUAUUGAUAAAUAUCCCGGGAACCGGUCUGCACGCUAUAAGGAUUCUACUUUUUAUAUGCCUCACCAUUACGUAAUUCAAAAUCAAUGUAUAUUUUUAAACAAAAAACUUUGUGGAGACAUCAAAACGAAAGAAAAACUGUACAAUAUUGGAUUAAAAUCUAUAAUCAGCAAUAAUAUCCAGGAUACAAAUAGAGAGCUCAAUGAAAUUCUGCAAUCUCUGAUAAAGGAUCACUUUCGCAAACCGGUGAACUUGAAAGUACAAGCAGAAGAUAUGGAUAUUUUUUUGGCAAGCACACAUAAUUUUAAAGGUCGAAAUCAAAUCGUUUCUCAAUCAACAAGUGGAUCGACUGAUGCACCAAGUUUAUCGACUUCUUCUUAUCUGAAGUUUAAAACAUUUUAUAGUACCAAAUUACAGGUUACUGUAAAAGAGUUAAUCAUUAAGGAAGAAUUUACGUCGCUGUAUAUGUUGAUACCUUCAAGCAAAAACAAGAAGGUUGAAACGGAUAUGUGCAGCACUAAUCUUUUCAAGUUGAUUGAAAGAUUGUCAACUAGGGAGGGAAUGGAUAUACUUCGUAACUUAUUGUCUCGUCCAAGAAAAAUUAAACCACUAGUUCUCUGUACACGGCUAAUCUUCGAAAUCGAAAAGUAUCUGGAUAUGCGUGUUCUGUUGCGAGAACUAGGCAUCGAACAAUUAUUGACGCCCGACGCGAUUCCUUUGGACAACACCGUCGCGGAAAACGAUCGAAGCGCGCACUUCGGCAAUGCCGUGCAUCGUGCUCGUGUCAAGGUCACGCAAGAGGACGUCGAGGCUUUUGCAGUAACCGUGAUUAGCGGACAGGAACCAUGUUCGAACGAUAUUAUAACCAGCGUGGAUACCGAUUAUCCAUUUCUUUGGUUUAUUUACGACAAAAUGUACGCAGAUAUUCUUUAUAUCGGCGUUUUUAAUAAAGUCGACAAGCACGUUUUUCAAACAAAAUUGACAGGGAAGCCAGUUUCGAAGCUUUCGAAAAUACAUAAUUUCAAAGAUCGAAAUCAAAUCGUCUCUCAAUCAACAAGUGCAUUGACUGAUGCACCAAGUCUGACUCCUUCUUAUGAUCUGAAAUUUGAUAUAUAUUCUGUAAUAUCAGAGGCGAUGUUCAAGUUCGCGGUGACAAGUCUGCAUAAAUAUGCGUCGAUCAAGCCAAAGGAAGAUUUUGUUUUUGGUCCAUAUAAUAUAUACCACGGACUUUACUCUGCUUAUAUGAUUUCAAGUGGCGAAAUGGAACAGCGUUUAAGAGAUAUUCUUUAUUUACCAAAUGUUUCGAAGUAUGAGUUGCUGAAAAUUAUUAAUAUUGAUAAAUAUCCCGGGAACCGGUCUGCACGCUAUAAGGAUUCUACUUUUUAUAUGCCUCACCAUUACGUAAUUCAAAAUCAAUGUAUAUUUUUAAACAAAAAACUUUGUGGAGACAUCAAAACGAAAGAAAAACUGUACAAUAUUGGAUUAAAAUCUAUAAUCAGCAAUAAUAUCCAGGAUACAAAUAGAGAGCUCAAUGAAAUUCUGCAAUCUCUGAUAAAGGAUCACUUUCGCAAACCGGUGAACUUGAAAGUACAAACAGAAGAUAUGGAUAUUUUUUUGGCAAGCACACAUAAUUUUAAAGGUCGAAAUCAAAUCAUUUCUCAAUCAACAAGUGGAUCAACUGAUGCACCAUGUUUAUCGACUUCUUCUUAUCUGAAGAUUAAAACAUUGUAUAAUGUAUUAGAGGAGACAUACUGUUGGUACUUAUUUCUUGAUAAAAACGGAAUUAGAAAUUAUGAAGUGUACAGUGAUAAAAGAAUAUUUUUUUUAGUUUAUAGUACCAAAUUACAGGUGACUGUAAAAGAGUUAAUCAUUAAGGAAGAAUUCACGUCGCUGUAUGUGUUGGUACCUUCAAGCAGAAACAAGAAAGUUGAAACGGAUAUGCGCAGCACUAAUCUUUUCAAGUUGAUUGAAAGAUUGUCAACUAGGGAGGGAAUGGAUAUACUUCGUAACUUAUUGUCUCGUCCAAAAAAAAUUAAACCACUAGUUCUCUGUACACGGCUUAUCUUCGAAAUCGAAAAGUAUCUGGAUAUGCGUGUUCUGUUGCGAGAACUAGGCAUCGAACAAUUAUUGACGCCCGACGCGAUUCCUUUGGACAACACCGUCGCGGAAAACGAUCGAAGCGCGCACUUCGGCAAUGCCGUGCACCGUGCUCGUGUCAAGGUCACGCAAGAGGACGUCGAGGCUUUUGCAGUAACCGUGAUUAGCGGACAGGAACCAUGUUCGAACGAUAUUAUAACCAGCGUGGAUACCGAUUAUUCAUUUCUUUGGUUUAUUUACGACAAAAUGUACGCAGAUAUUCAUUAUAUCGGCGUUUUUAAUGAAGUCGACAAGCACGUUUCUCAAACAAAAUUGACAGGGAAGCCAGUUUCGAAGCUUUCGAAAAUACAUAAUUUCAAAAAUCGAAAUCAAAUCGUCUCUCAAUCAACAAGUGGAUUGACUGAUGCACCAAGUCUGACUUCUUCUGAUCUUAAAUUUGAUAUACAUUCUGAUAUAUCAGAGGCGAUGUUCAAGUUCGCUGUGACAAGUCUGCAUAAAUAUGCGUCGAUCAAGCCAAAGGAAGAUUUUGUUUUUAGUCCGUACAGCAUAUAUCAGGAACUUUUCUCGGUUUACCUUAUCUCUAGUGGUGAUAUUGAACAGCGUUUAAAGAACAUUCUUUAUUUAUCGAAUGUCUCAAAAUAUGAGUUGAUGAGAAUCAUUAAAUUUCGUAAAUAUCCCGCAAUACAGCCUGCAUGCUCUCAGGAUGCUGCCUCUAAUCAGCCCCAACUGUACGCGAUUGACAAUAAAUGUAUUUUUUUAAACACAACACUUCGUAAAAACAUCGAAAUAAUAAGAAAACUGUACAAUCGUGGAUUCACAUCUAAUGAGAGCAAUGAUAUCCAAGAUAUAAAUAGAAAAAUCAAUCAAAUUUUAAAAAUACUGACAAAGGAUUACGAUUAUAAACCGUUAGAAUUAGAAAUAAAAAGAGAAGGUGUGGACAUUAUUUUGAUGAACGUACAUAAUUUUCACUGUCGAUAUCGAUCAAUUUUACAACUGACAAGUAAUGAGAUGAGUCUCGACUCCGACCGAUUAUUAUCGAAUACGUCUUCUGAUCUAAGUUUUAAAACGUUUUCCAGUGAUGAAUUACAGAUAAACGUAAAAGAGUUAAUCAUCAAAGAACAUUUCGCGUCGCUGUAUAUAAUAACACCUUUUUCAUCAAUCACAAACGAGAGAGUUAAAACUGAUACGAGCAGCACUAGCCUUUCCAGCUUGAUUGAAAGAUUGUCAACCAGCGAAGGAAUGCGUAUACUUCGAAAAUUGCUGUUUUGUGUAGAAACAGAUGGAUCACUAUCUUCCGCUACUUGGCCGACCUUUAAAAUUGAAAAAAAUUUAGAUAUGCAAGUUCUGUUGCGAGAACUAGGCGUCGAACAGUUAAUGACGCCCGACGCGAUUCCUUUGGACAUUACCUUCGUGGAAGACAAUCAAUUCGUGCACUUCGGCAAUGCCGUGCACCGUGCUCGUGUCAAGGUCACGCAGGAAGGCGUCGAGGCGAUUGCAGUAACCGUGAUUAGCGGACAGGAACCAUGUUCGAACGAUAUUAUAACCGACAUGGAUACCAAUUAUCCAUUUCUUUGGUUAAUUUACGACAAAAUGUACGCAGAUAUUCUUUAUAUCGGCGUUUUUAAUAAAGGCGACAAGCACGUUUCUCAAACAAAAUUGACAGGGAAGCCAGUUUCGAAGCUUUCGAAAAUACAUAAUUUCAAAGAUCGAAAUCAAAUCGUCUCUCAAUCAACAAGUGCAUUGACUGAUGCACCAAGUCUGACUCCUUCUGAUCUGAAAUUCGAUAUACAUUCUGUAAUAUCGGAGGCGAUGUUCAAGUUCGCGGUGACAAGUCUGCAUAAAUAUGCGUCGAUCAAGCCAAAGGAAGAUUUUGUUUUUAGUCCAUAUAAUAUAUAUCACGGACUUUACUCUGCUUAUAUGAUUUCAAGUGGUGAAAUGGAACAGCGUUUAAGAGAUAUUCUUUAUUUACCAAAUGUUUCGAAGUAUAAGUUGCUGAAAAUUAUUAAUUUUAAUAAAUACCCCGGACAACGGCCUGCACGCUAUAAAAAUGCUACUUUUUAUAUGCCUUACCAUUAUGUAAUUCAAAAUCAAUGUAUAUUUUCAAACAAAAAACUUCGCGGAGACAACAAAACAAUGAAACGACUGUACAAUGCUGGAUUCCAAUCUCAAAGAAAUAAUAAUAUCCAGGAUACAAAUAGAGAGUUCAAUGAAUCUCUGCAACCUUUGCUAAAGAAUUUCCUUCGUAAAUUGGUGAACUUAAAAGUAAAAACAGAAGAUAUGGAUAUUUUUUUGGCAAACGUAUUUCAUUUCCAUGGUCGAAAUCAUAUCGUCUCUCAAUCGACUUCUUAUCUGAAUUUUAAAACAUUUUCCAGUGAUGAAUUGCAGAUGGAUGUAAAGGAGUUAAUCAUCAAGGAACAUUUUACGUCGCUGUAUAUGUUGAUACCUUCUUCAACAACCACAAACAACACGGUUAAAACAGAUAUGAGCACUGGCCUUUCUAGCUUGAUUGAAAGAUUGUCAACCAGCGAAGGAAUGCGUAUACUUCGAAAAUUGCUGUCUUGUAAAAACGAACAAAAAGAUAAAUUACCAUCUGUUCCUACUCGGCUGAUCUUUGAAAUUGAAAAAAAUUUAGAUAUGCAAGUUUUGUUGCGAAAACUAGGCGUCGAACAGUUAUUGACGCCCGACGCGAUUCCUUUGGACAAUACCUUCGCGGAAGACAAUCAAUUCGUGCACUUCGGCAAUGCCGUGCACCGUGCUCGUGUCAAGGUCACGCAAGAGAACGUCAAGGCGGUUGCAGUAACCGUGAUCAGCGGACAGGAACCUUGUUCGAACGACAUUAUAACCGACGUGAAUACCGAUUAUCCAUUUCUUUGGUUAAUUUAUGAUAAAAUGAACGCAGAUAUUCUCUAUAUCGGCGUCUUUAAUGAAGUUGGCAAGCCCGUUUCUUGAAUUGGGUUGACAGAUACAAAUCUUAUCAAACGAAUUGUUCAUUCUAGACGUUUAUUGGAAAGUCUUCAUAAUUAUGAUAACAAAUUUAAGGGAAGCCAGUUUUGAAGCUUUAAAAAAUAUGAUUUUUGAGAAUUUUUUAUUGGAAAACCUUUACAGCGUAUUAUUUGGAAAUAUUUAGGCAAUUGUUAUUAAAAUUUUGUAUAAACAUUUUAUUUAUUGAAACAUGUAGACUGUGAAGAUCGCCCAUGAGGAAUUUUUUCACCGUGAGAAUUGCAAAUUGACAAGUAAUUUUAUAUACAU